AUGCGACCAGUUCUCCGGGUCUCACGAGCCCUGCCGGCUCCGGUUUGCCGGCCCCAGGUUUCACGCACUAUUCUAUCUCGCGGUGCUAGAUUGAACAGCUCCACUGCCGGGAAAACAGAGACAGAAAGCACAAAAGAGAGCAACUCCUCUACUCCACCCUUUUGGACUCCGGCCAAGGCUCUUCUCGUCUCCGCAUUUGCUGCGGGGUUAGGUUACGGCGUCUCCUCAUAUACUCAGACAUCGACACAGACACCCAAGAAGCCUCAAUAUGGCACAGUGAAGGAUUUUGAAAAGGCCAUCAGCGAGCUAAGAGCCAAGCUCGGUGAAGACACAAUCGGCACCGACGAAGAAGAACUCCAAUCACACGGCUACUCAGAAUGGUCCAGUUUGAAUGCCGACCGUCUCCCCGUCGCAAUUGCAUACCCCAAAUCCACCCAAGAAGUCUCCGAGAUCGCCAAGGUAUGCCACAAAUACCGCAUGCCGAUGAUCCCCUACUCUGGCGGCUCAAGUCUGGAAGCCAAUUUCUCCGCCCCGCACGGCGGCAUGACAAUCGACUUUGCAUUCAUGAACAAAGUCCUCGAGAUCCACCCCGAUGACAUGGACAUCGUCGUCCAGCCCUCCAUCCAAUGGAUGGAUCUGAACGAGCAGAUCAAGGACACCGGAAUGUUCUUCCCCGUCGACCCAGGCCCAUCCGCCAUGAUCGGCGGUAUGGUCGGCACAAACUGCUCGGGCACAAACGCCGUCCGCUACGGUACCAUGAAGGACUGGGUGAUUAACCUCACCGUCGUCCUGGCUGAUGGCCGCAUCAUCAAGACCCGCAGACGUCCCCGCAAGACUUCCGCCGGAUACAAUUUGACCGGCAUGUUUGUUGGCUCCGAGGGUACGCUUGGUAUCGUCACUGAGGCUACCUUGAAGCUCGCGCCCCUGCCGGAGUUGACUCGUGUUGGAGUUGUCGCGUUCCCCACUAUCCGGGAUGCGGCCUCGACUGCGAUGCAGCUCAUUCGCAAGGGCGUCUCGGUGCAGUGCAUGGAGAUCAUGGAUGAUGUCCAGAUGGACGUUAUUAACCGCGCUGGUGGAACUGGCCGUGAAUGGAAGGUCUCGCCUACACUGUUCUUCAAGUUCUCUGGAACCGUCGCCGGUGUCGAGGAUAGUAUCAAUCUGACGACUCAGCUCGCGAAGAAUAACAACGCGCAGGGCUUCGAGUUCGCUCGUGAUGACCGCGAGGCGCAUGAUCUGUGGUCUGCGCGCAAGCAGUCCCUCUGGAGUAUGCUGGCGCUCCGCAAGGAGGGAUCAGAGGUGUGGUCGACUGAUGUGGCUGUGCCUAUUUCUCGACUUCCUGAUAUCAUUGAAAUCUCCAAGAAGGAAUUGGUCGACCUUGGUCUCUUCGCCAGUAUCCUUGGCCACAUCGGCGAUGGAAACUUCCAUGCAAGCAUUAUGUACGACCGCAACGAUCCCGCUGAGAGGGCGCGUGUCGAGAAAGUAGUGUACGAUAUGGUUGAUCGUGGACUGGAGAUGGAGGGCUCGUGCACGGGCGAGCACGGCAUUGGCCUGGGCAAGAAGGGAUCUUUGAAGAAGGAAGUCGGACCAGACACCAUUGAUGUCAUGCGCAGUAUCAAGCGCUCACUGGAUCCGCACUGGUUGCUUAACCCUGGCAAGAUCUUUGACUAUGAUGCCGAGACACCGGGUCCAGGACAUUGA